UCUUAAACAAAACCCAGUGCCGUCGAGUUGAUUCCGACUCAUAGCAACCCUACAGGACAGAGUAGAACUGCCCCACAGAGUUUCCAAGGAACGCCUGGCGGAUUCGAACUGCCGACCCUUUGGUUAGCAGCCGUAGCACUUAACCAGUACUCCACCAGGGUUUCCUGGAUAGUCUUAAGGGGUGGUUAUUUUGCACCAGGUCAGGCCUUUUUAGGAUCCUCCCUUAAUCCAAGGCCUACCUACUGACCUAACCUAAGCAGCCAAUAGAUGGCAAUUCUUAUCCCGUGUCCUACUCAGGCAAGUCAGUUCACGAUUCAGUAUGUGCCCCUCCCUAGUCCCAACUGCAGUACCUUAUAACCCUUCCCAAUUUCCUAGCCAUCCGAUGUGUUGUCACAUCCGGUGUAAAGUCUGUCCUGAUUAUAGCUAAGCACCAAUCUCCCCGCCUACUCACCACCAGCAAGAAUCUCAGUACGGCUUCAAUGUCUAUGUAGAACAGAGCUUGGGAAAUGAAGGAGUGAGUCAUCCUCUAUGGCUUCCUUCCUUUUUCAUGUUGGGGCCUGACCCGUUGCCUUAGGGCCUGCCUUAGAGCUCUAUGCACAGCUUCCUCCCUUCUGGCCUAUCCCCUAGAAAGCUCCUUAAAUGCACCUCUCGAGUGCCAGGCCCCUCUUGUCGAUGCACAACUGCUUCUCUUCUGGCCUGCAGCUCACUUGUGAUGUCAGCCUCCUACAAGGCCAGACCACUCUGCAGAUGUUGGAUUUAAGAAAGAACACCUACACCUUCAAAAAGAUCCUUGGCCAGGGCAAUUUCCCGAACUAUACCCUAUGUCUAGAUCCCUCUAGGCCCUAGCCCACCAGAUUCUGUCCUGAUUCUCACAAGUGCAACUUACAGCCAAGCCUUACUCAGGCCUAGAAUCACAGCACAGCCCCACCUCUCCAUUAAGCCAGGGUUUCCCCUCUCCUCAAAGCAGUUAUUUCAGCCAAGCUGUUCUGCUCUUGUUUCUCAGCUUGUCCCAGCUGCCAGCCCCACCCAGGGUUGUGUUUAUAGCACCAUGCAGCUGUAUCCAUCUGUACUGGUUUAUGAGUCCGCAUUGGAUUUUAGCCAAACCCCUUAGCUUGUCAUUCAAGGCCCUUCACUGGCUGGCCCCAAGUCCUUUUCCUGUCCUCAUCUCCCACCCAUCUCCUCCAUGCACCUUCCACUCUUCUCUGAGCACAUUUUGUACCUCGUGCCUCCAUGCCUUUUCUCAUGAUCUUUCCUGUCCCCAAAAUACCUAUCCUCCAUUUCUGUUGUUGCUUUGCUUUUCUGUUGAAAUUCUGUUCAUUUUACUAUCACCCCUCUUUUCUUCUACCACAGAACUCAUCAGUCUGACAGCUAGAUGUGUGCGUAAUCAUCUUUCCAACCAGGGGUGGAGGCUAGGUUUUAAACAGCUCUGAAUUCCCCAGCACUUGCAGAGUGUUCCUUUAGCCAAGUUGUUUCUCGUGAAUUUACCCCACCUCUUCCUUUGGACUGGAAGGUUGUGGAAGCAGCUCCUCAGUCUUCACAUGCUCCCCACUCCACCUGGGACAAGGCUUACCCACAGUCCCUGGAUACAGGAGAGAUCCUGAGAUCUCCCCUCAAAUCAAGGAACCCCAAAUUUGUUGGGAAAUGGUGAUCCCUUUUUCACUCAAAGCGUGGCUUAUCAGGCUGUGAACCAGGAUGUCUGAGCUCUAGCUCUGAUGCUGAUAUUAACUUAUUAAUAUGGGGAUCACUUUUCUGUGCUUCAGUUCCCUUACCUCUCAAAUAGGAACAGCACCUACAUGCCUUUCUCACUUCACCAGGACAAUGUCCCCAAAUGCGAUGAUAGAAAAGUGCUUUGAAAACUAAAGAGUCACACUACACAAAUUCACAGAUUAAAAAAAAAAAAAAGUCUCUUCCCCUGGGAGAAGAAAGUGGACCAGCUGCAGAAAAGGCACAGGAGCUGAAGACCAGAGGCAGGAGGGCUGGCAUCAGGGUGGUGCAUGCAGAGCAGUGAGUCUGUGCUCUCAGAGGUCAGCUACUGCCAGGAGUUCCCUUACUUAGUAGUGAGAAUAGGGAACUUCCACCCAGCAAGCUAGGAAACAAAGAAGAAGCAACACUGAAGUUUGCAGAGGUGGUAGAUGAAAAAGGAACAACCUCAAACAUUUUCCCUGUGUGUGACACAAGUUAGCGGUUCCUUUAACAAUGCAAGUGCUAUUGCUAUUGAGUUCAUGCCUUUGCCUCUUUUUUUGCCCAAGCGUUUUUCCUCUCACUAGCUGCUUACGUGGGGGUAGCGGAAAGACCACCAUCCUGGGAACCAGACAAACCUGGUUUGUCUGUUCACUAACCCUGAACAAGUUACUGAACCCUGAAGCCUCAGUUUAUCUGGUCUAUAAAUUGGGGACACUAGCACUUACCUCGGAGUUGUGAGAAUUAGCUGACAUGAUCCAUGUAAAUUGUCUAGCAUGGUUCCUGGUGGUUCCUUGCUUUAACAGUGCAGCCUUGUGCACAGCUCUGGCUUAGGGAUAAGUUACCAAUAAUGUGGGUAGGUUAGCCAGGGCUGGUGGUCAGGUAUAAUUACAGGAAACCUUAUAGCCAAGAUUCCAAGAGAAACACAAUUUCAAAUCGACUCCUGUUUUCCCUUAAUAAGCACUUGCCAAUUUCUGAUUGGGAAAAUUUGGUCACCACGGAAGGCGCCUCAGCAGCUGCCUAUUUCUCUAUCAACCCUGAACCUCUAAGCUUCAGGCCUGGGGCUCUAGGCCAGAUACCCAGCUAUGAGGCUGAAAGGCAGUGGGAAGGAGGAAGAUGAUUAGCCAUGGCUCUGAGUACCUGGUAGGUGGAACACUGGGUUUUGCCUCCCACUUGCUUAGUCUAAAUGGCCAUUGCUACACAAAUCCAGCUCCAAAAGUAAAGAGCAAAUUAAGUAUUUCUAGCUCAGAGGUUCUGUACUUGGGCUGCACAUUAGAAUCACCCAGGGAAAUUUUAAAAUCCCCCUGCCUAGACUGCACUCCGGACCAAUUAAAUCAGUGUUUUUUUUUUUUUUAAAAAAAAAAAAACUCCCUCAGGUAAAUUCCAAUGUACACCAAAAGCUGAGAACCACUGUUCUAAGUCAGGGUUUUUCAAACUUGCCAGAUGUUGAUUAUCAUCCAUAUUAGUAAAAAAUACAGUUUCUCAGGUUCUGGAAUCAGUAUUGCUAUCGGUAAUUUAUUGUUUCUAAAACAUACCUUAAAAAAAAUACAUAUAUAUGUAUAUAUUUUAACAUCUUUGAAACCGGGGUGCAUCUUCUAAUCAAUCAGUGGCAUCUAAAAUUUGAUGAAAUACAGAAGCAUCUUUGGUGAUUCUUAUGAUUAGGCAAGUUUGGGGGAAAAAACAGUUCCCUAAGGCAGUGCUUCUGAAACCCUGGUGGCAUAGCAGUUAGGAGCUACGGCUGUUAGCCAAAUGGCUGGCGGUUCGAAUCCACCAGGCAAUCCUUGAAAAAUCUAUGGGGCAGUUCUACCCUGUCCUAUAGGGUCGCUAUGAGUUGGAAUCGACUUGACAGCAGUGGGGGGUAUGGGUAGGGCAGUACAUCCCAACCUUUAAUGUCUUUACAAAUAACCUGGGACCUGAUUCUGAAUCAGGAGGUCUGGGUUAAGGCCUGAGCUUCUGCAUUUCUAACAAGCCGUCAGAUGAUCUAAUGUUGCUAGUCCUUGGACCACAUUUUGGAUAGCAAAAUUCUAAAGUAUUUUCCAUCUGAGGAAGACUAGACUCCACCACCAAGACUCACUCAUUUAAGUUAACUGAAAUAACUGGCAUACAGAAACACGACCAAUGGAGUGUUCUGUCUGUGAGGCAAAUGCUAGACUGCACACUCAUUUCUCCCCAGGAAGGAACACCUGAGAUGAGGGCCAGAGAGAGAGCUGCCCCAGCCUCAGAGAAGCCAGAGGCUGGAGUUCAAUUUUUCAAAGAAGCAAAGUUUAUUAUGUCAGGCAGUACAAAUAUCAGCAAAAUUUGUUACCAAGUAAAGUUGGGCCUCAAGGGGCUUUAGUGGGCCCAGAGACAGCAGUCCCAUUAUCUACCGCAUGCCCUAUUUUCCUUCAUUUAUUCACCAAACGUUUAUUGAGGACCCACUAAUAAACCACAAGGUCUAAGAGAUUGAAUGAUGGAUCAGAUUUGAUUCCUGAUAUCCAAGGGGUGGAAUUCAGAGUCUGGGGGAAACAGGUUUGUAAACAGACAAAGCACAAAAUGAAGUAAUAAAUGCUAAUAAUAGAAGUAUGUAUAAAGAGAUAAGCAAACUCAAAGGAACAAUGUUAAUAGCUUCCUGGAGCAGCAGCUGGGGGAGCCAAGUGAAAACAGCUCUAAUCUUUCCAAGGAAGAGCACCACCCAAAACAAAAAUCCCUUGCCAGGACCAUCUUGCUGUAAUAGAUGAAACCUUGAACCAAGACCCUGUAAUACGGAGGGCUCAACAGGGGAGUGCCUCUUAUGUUUCUGCCCCUAAUUUCUAGCACUAAGAUGGAAGCGAAUCCAAGGAAGGAGACUUUUAGGGAAUGAGCCCAUCAAAAGGAUGGAGGCAAUGCUUAUCUUACUUCAGACAGGCCUAGCAUCCCCAUCCUAGCCUCCUCUGUCAGAACUUAGCAGAUCAUUUCCCUAGUUACACAAACAUUUGAGUCUUUGCCCUUUGUCAUACUGAGCUCUUAAUUAGCUUAACCCAUCACACUGCUGGAUAUAAAGGCUACAAACCCUAGGCUAAGAAGUAGGUUUCCAGCUGGGGUAGGGAGUCUCAGCCAAGGUAGUCAGGGUACAGGACCUGCUCAGGGUAUAGCCUGUUCCCUCACCCAGCCCCAUACAGACCAGCUUUUAGAAGGGCUAAGGAGCUGAUACUUCAUCCUGAUUUAUUUUUUCCUUGUCUUCCAUCUCACAGAUAGGAAACUCUAGAAGAGAAGCUUAAGAGCCAGAGGAAGCAGCCAAGGAGACAGCAGAAGGAUGGGGAGUGGAGUCAGUGCUGAGGACAAAGAACUGGCCAAAAGGUCCAAGGAGCUAGAAAAGAAACUGCAAGAGGACGCUGACAAGGAAGCCAAGACGGUCAAGCUGCUAUUGCUGGGUGCUGGGGAGUCAGGAAAGAGCACUAUCGUCAAACAGAUGAAGAUCAUUCACCAGGAUGGCUAUUCACCAGAAGAAUGCCUAGAGUUCAAGUCCAUCAUCUAUGGGAAUGUGCUGCAGUCCAUCCUGGCUAUCAUUCGGGCCAUGUCCACAUUGGGCAUUGACUACGCUGAACCAAGCCACGCGGAUGAUGGGAGACAGCUCAACAACCUGGCUGACUCCAUUGAGGAAGGCACCAUGCCUCCUGAGCUGGUGGAGGUCAUCAGGAAGUUGUGGAAGGAUGGUGGGGUGCAAGCCUGCUUCGACAGAGCUGCAGAGUACCAGCUCAAUGACUCCGCAUCUUACUACCUGAACCAAUUAGACCGGAUUACAGCUCCUGACUACCUUCCUAACGAGCAAGAUGUGCUACGGUCCAGAGUGAAAACCACAGGCAUCAUUGAGACCAAGUUUUCAGUCAAAGACUUAAACUUCAGGAUGUUUGACGUGGGAGGGCAGAGAUCAGAGAGAAAGAAGUGGAUCCACUGCUUUGAGGGAGUCACCUGCAUCAUUUUCUGUGCGGCCCUCAGCGCCUAUGAUAUGGUGCUGGUGGAAGACGACGAGGUGAAUCGUAUGCAUGAGUCUUUGCACCUGUUCAACAGCAUAUGUAACCACAAGUUCUUUGCGGCUACUUCCAUCGUCCUCUUCCUCAACAAGAAGGACCUCUUUGAGGAAAAAAUCAAGAAAGUGCACCUCAGCAUUUGUUUUCCAGAAUAUGAUGGGAACAACUCCUUUGAGGAUGCAGGGAAUUAUAUCAAGAGCCAGUUCCUUGACCUCAAUAUGCGAAAAGAUGUCAAAGAAAUCUACAGUCACAUGACCUGUGCUACAGACACGCAGAAUGUCAAAUUUGUGUUUGAUGCAGUUACAGAUAUUAUCAUCAAAGAAAAUCUCAAGGACUGCGGGCUCUUCUAAUCCUCACCAUUCCUCAGGUAUAAUACAUACUAUAAACAGGCUUGAAAUUUCUGUGAUUUCAAGCAGAAAAUUAGAGAUCAAUAUACCAUGACAUGAAGAAUGAAUUUAUUCUCCUUUUGGAGAUGGAAUAUUCAUGAUUGCAACUGUGACUCAUACACUCUUUUCAAAAUGAGAAAAUCAGUGCAGUUUAACUAUGAGGCCAAGAGUCAGAAGACUCACGUUCCAGUACUGGUUCUGCAACUUCCUGCAGAAAUGUAAAUACUUCAUUUCUCUGAGCCUCAAGUCCCUCAUCCACAAAAUGCAGGUUACUUCCCUACCUACGUCACAGGGUUUUCCUGAGGAUCACAAAUAUAACUGAAGGGAAAGCACGUAAAAGCUGCUGUGGUUAGUGUCAGAAAGAAAUCCUAUAUAAAAACUGCUGUGCAUAAAAUUCAACACCCAGUUUUUAGAAUAAACUAUCCCAAGGAACAUCUUCCAAGCAAAACAGCUAACCUUCCCAAUCCUCUGAAAAAAGAAAAAAAAAAAACCUCCAAAAUCUCAAUAACCCUACGACCCCCUUUUUACUAACGGGCCUCUAUAUGCAUUAGCUCAGAGGUCUGCAUCACUGGAUAGGAGAUCAAAAAUAACCAUCUUUAUUAAGCACAGAUCAUCCCUCUGCCCCCUUGGCUGCCAAAAAGACUGAGUUUCCUUUAUUUCUACGAAUGACUAUUUCUCAGUGAUGUAAGAUACUUUCUGAAUAAACUUGGAAGACGUCAACACGCUCCCACUUAAGAGUAUUAAUGUUUUACUGCUGCCACUUGUCUAUUACAGACUCUAGAACAAGCAAACAAUCCUAAAAUUCUCAUUUCAACUGCUGCAUGUUCCAGGAGAACAAGAAAAGGCAGCUGAUCUUACUUUAGCCACUGAAAAUCUUUGCAGCUGGGUUU